AUACUGCAUAAAAAAAAUUGCAUUAUCAACGGGUUGUAAAAAACGGAAGCUAAAUUAUUUAGAGGAAACAACGAUGUAAACUAAAUUUAAUUGGCAUGAGAUAUAGAGAGCGUAAGCAUUUUGUACGAGUUGAAGAAAAACACUAGUUUAUUUCUAAGGAAUCGAUGUAGGAGAAUGAAUUUCGAGAAUAUUUACCAGACACAAAACAGUUUGAUGAUUAGGUACUGGCAUUUGUCCCAGUCUUCUUUGAUUAAUCAAAAAAAAAAUUUUUGAAGGCGAUGAAUCCAUCCGAGACAAAUCCAAGUUCAGAUCAACAGGUUGAAAUAUUUUUUAAAGAGGAAUCAGACGAAAAUGCGACUUGUGAAAAAGACAACUGUGUUUCGUUACCAAGCAUUGUUGUUUCCGCCAAUUUAAAUCGUUUAGGAUUGUCUAAAAUCUUGAAUCAGUUAUUGAAUAAUGAAGAACCUACGCCUUAUGAUUUUUUUAUUUCUUUAAAUGCUGUUGAUUCAAAUGAACUGCAACCAAAUAACUCUAUUGUUCACCUUCAUACAACACUUUCAAAAUUUAUGAAAAAAUACAAUAAAACGUCAGAAACACGCUUAACUUUAAUAUAUAAAAUAUGUCGGCCAUCUAUAAGAAAUGAUACUUUUUCUAGCGAAGAAAACUGGAUUACUGGUCUUCGGUGCUGCAAGCAGCCUUCGUUCUCCAAUAUAUUAGUUGGAGUCGCGCGUAGUGAUGGAUUGUGUCAAUUCUAUUCAACGGAAACAAAGAAUUCAGAUUUCCUUUAUCCAACUCAUGAACAGAAUCAAUCCAAAACUUUUUGCAAUGUGUCUUUAACAAGUGUAGAUCUUCAUUUUAAUGUUAAGCUGUCUAAUGCUAUGUAUGCCGCUACAAGUUCCAGUGGACACAUUUUUUUUGGAUCUGUUUUUGAAAAAGAGGGAACUGAUUCUCAGAAUAUUUUAGAAUUCAAAGACGAAAGUCAGUACGGGCGUUUAGAUCAUUGUUGCUUUAAUGAUACUGGAAGCAUAAUCGCGGCCGGUGGUUCGGAAGGCAUUGUGUAUUUGUGGGAUUCAAAAAAAAUUCAAGAGAAUUUUACAGAAGGGCAACAUGAGCGUAAAACAGUAGAUAAACUGACAGAAGAGAAUGUCAUAAGAAAAAACAAAAAACGUAGUAGAGAGACCAAUGAUGACGAGAACUAUCUUUACGGAAUUCUCACUGGCCACGUCGCAUCGAUUCAUGACCUCUGCUAUCUUUCCAAUGCGGUAUCGGGAGCGAACUUACUCUCAGCUUCAACAGAUCAUACCAUCCGUUGUUGGGAUACUUUGUGUUUAGCUUCCAUCUUUUCAUGGCCUGUAGCGUGUAGCGCUACAUCUGUUUCUGCCAAUAAAGACUCGACAAUUUUUGCUACCGCACAUGACGAUGGCAAAGUGCGUAUCUGGGACACACGAGUGACGUUACCCGUUUCUGAAUAUUCUGACAAAUCGAGUGCAAAUCAACUUCGUUUAAUGUCUCUCUAUGCUCUUCACCGAAGAACAAUACCUCAAAUACGUUGGAGCCCUUAUGACUUGAAUACUCUCGCUUCAGUUUCCCAUGAUGGAUCUUUAAAAAUAAUCGAUUUACGUUAUAAUUUGUUUGCUCGUCAAACGACUUGUUAUUCGGACGUCAAAUUAUUAUGUGUUGAAUGGAUUGACCAGAAAAGUGUUUUAUCUGGAGCCUCUGAUGGAUGUGUUCGUACUCAUGUACUAGAGUAGCACGCCUGAAUCGUUUGUACAGCUUUUGUUAUAAAGAUCAUAAGCUGUAUUUCAUUAGGUGUCUUUGUAUUUUUUUUAUAUGUAAUUAAUUUUAAAACGAAAUGGUUUUGAAUUUGAUUGGUAUCUUUUAAAUCAUUUUAUGUAAUAAAUGUUACAAAAUUUUUUCUGUUCAACAUAAUUUUGUUGUUGCGUGCUACCAUAAAGGUAGCCUUUUUUUCUUGUGUUUUGAAAGUGCGGCGUGACAGACAGAACUCUUAGAAUUUCAUUCCAUGGACAAAAAAAAUGAGCUUUUCGAUACGAGCAAUGAGAAAAUAAAAAGUUUUACGGUACCGCACCAUAUAAAAACCUGGUCCCAAUUCACAUGAACUUGCUAAAAAGUUUCUUGGUAAGUACAAGUGUUAUAACACCAUGGAUCAACGUGGUGGUUCGAGUGCUCGAGGUAGCUUAUCGCGUGGAGGAUUCUCAAAACGAGGUACAUCAUUUCGACGAGGUGCGAAUUCCGGAGGGAAUUUUAGAGGGGCAAGGCGUGGACGAGGCGGCUCAACCUUUUCUUCUGGUGUUCCCGAAUCAAUUUUAGAAAUUGGACAGGUUAUGCAUGUUUGUGAAGAAGAAUUAGUUUGUACUUGUUUGCUGACCGACAAAGUUCCUUAUUUUAACGGGCGAAUUUUUUUACAAAACAAGGAAGAAAUUGGAAAAAUCGAUGAAAUUUUCGGUCCUAUUACCAAGUGUAUGUUUUCUGUGAAAAUGAGCCCAAAUAUGAAAGCCACAGCUUUUAAAACGGAUUCGACGCUUUUUAUUGAUGGCAAUCAACUUUUACCUUUAUCACGUUUUUUACCCAAAUCGGCCGCAGAAGAGCAACAAGCGAAAGCAAAUCAAGCCAUUAACAAAAAACGUCGCUUGUCUUUUACACAAGGUAGACCAGCUGGUAACAGAGGCAGAGGAGUUGCCACUUUUGCACGUAAUGUACGUGCCCGCGGUUCUUUCAAAAGAAACUAACGAUAAAUUUUGAUUGAUUGGGAUAAUUUUAAGUUGAACCUUGACAGUAAUUUGUGCAAUGUUGAUUAACUUUAAUUUAGACGCCAAUAAGGAUUCCUAAAAACGAGUAUCUAUUUUUUUAAAUUAUGAUUUAAAAAAAAAGAAUUGAAACGUCAACAUUAAAUGUUUUAUUAUGUAUUUAAUAAAAUUUUCAUAAAGCAAAAACUUAAUGUAAUUUCUUUUAACAAGUGUCAAUUAAUCUGUUUUCAA